AUGUCUCGUCAGCGUCUUGUCUUAGGUCUCCCGCGUGUCUUGCCGUCGCUGCCGCCGUCCCUUGCACCACCGUGCGGUCCUUGCGUCGAGGGUAGGCUGCGCGCCACCCCUCACUCCUCCUCCCUUCGUCCGGCCACCGAGCCUUUUGAGACGCUGCACUUGGACGUCUGGGGCCCCUCUCCUCGCCCUGGCCCUGAGCGUGAGCGUUUCUUUUUGGUGGUCGUUGACGACUACUCCCGCUACACCACAGUGUUCCCCCUGGCGAGGAAGUCUGAGGUGACUUCUACGCUGAUCAGGUGGUUGCUUACCACCCAGGACACUCGUGGUCGUCGUGUCAGCUGUCUCCACUCCGACCGCGGGGGCGAGUUUCGCUCCGGCAUUCUCGCUAGAUUCUGUCGCGAACAGGGCAUUCGUCAGUCCUGGACGCUUCCGGAGUCCCCACAGCAGAAUGGGGUUGCUGAGCGUCGCAUAGGCCUGGUCAUGGAGAUUGCCCGCACCUCCUUGACUCACGCCCGUGCCCCCCAUUUCCUGUGGCCAUACGCGGUCAGGUACGCCGCGCACCAGCUGAACCUCUGGCCACGCGUCUCUCGGCCGGAGGCUUCACCGACCAGUCUUUGGACAGGGUCCCCUGGUGUCGCGUCGAGGUUUCGUGUCUGGGGGUGCUUGGCUCUUGUCCGCGACACCUCCGCGGACAAGCUCUCGCCUCGCGCCGUUCCUUGUGUCUUCCUUGGUUUCCCUGAGGACUCCUCUGACUUCACCUUUUACCACCCUCCCUCUCACCGGUUCUUUGACUCCCGUGACGUCCGUUUCGAGGAGUCCACCCCCUACUACGUCAGGUACCCCAGUCGAGGUCUCCCGGUCCCUCCCCCCCCUCUCUUCCUGACCGCCGCUCCCCCGCCUGCUCCCCCGGUACAGCCUCCCCCCCCUGGUCCAGCCCCGUCUGGUGUGUCUCAGGCUAGCCCUCCCCCUUCGGUAGCCCCCCCUGUACAGCCUCCCUCCCCACAGUCUUCCUCGCCGCCUCCUGCAGGUGCUCCCUCUCGAGAGGUUGGUCCUGCGACUGUCCCUGUACAGGUCUCUGGUUCUGGGGGUGCUGGAGUUGGAGCUGAGCCGCGGGUUGCAGAGGACUCUUGUCUUCCGGGGGCUGGUACUGGUCGUGCGGAGUCUGGGGGUGCUGGUGCGGAGUCUGGGGGUGCUGCGUCUGGGGGUGAGGGUGUCCCUUCGGUUUCUGGAGAGCCUGGGUCUGGAGCUGGUGUUGGUGCUGCCUCUGGGGGUGGUGUGCUUGGUGCUUCGGAGGUUCCAGGCUCGUGUUCGCCGUGCUCGUGA